UCGAGUACCGUCGUGGACCUUUUGCAGUCACCACCGGCCGGUACACAGGGUCAGGGACGCACACACACACACACACACACACGUACAGAGGAAGCGGCCCAGUCUUCUUUCUAUCCCACUUAUUAAUCCACUCCGCGGAGGUUUUCAGGAUGAUUAAGAACGGACACCACGCCGCCCAGGAGCCCGGAGGAGCGGAAGCGUCUCACCGCGGAGCCGAGAAGAGAAAGAGAGUCGUCCGAGUGUGGUGUGACGGCUGCUAUGACAUGGUGCAUUACGGUCACUCGAACCAGUUGCGGCAGGCGAAGGCGAUGGGCGAUUACCUCGUGGUUGGAGUUCACACAGACAGAGAGAUUGCGAGGCACAAGGGCCCACCCGUGUUCACUCAGGAGGAACGCUAUAAGAUGGUGCGCGCCAUCAAGUGGGUGGACGAGAUCGUAGAGGGAGCGCCGUACGUCACCACGCUGGAGACCCUCGACAAGUACAACUGUGACUUCUGUGUGCAUGGAGAUGACAUCACGUUAACAGUGGAUGGAAAGGACACGUAUGAGGAGGUGAAACAUGCAGACCGGUACAGGGAAUGCAAGCGCACACAGGGUGUUUCUACGACAGACCUGGUGGGCCGCAUGCUGCUGAUGACUAAAGCUCACCACACCAACAUGGAUAACUCGGAAUACAAGCAACAUGCAGAUAACUUUGGAAAGGGUCCUAAAGGCCACAGUCCCUGGACCGGUGUGUCUCAGUUCCUCCAGACGUCUCAAAAGAUCAUCCAAUUUGCGUCGGGUAAAGAGCCGCAGCCCGGAGACACCAUCAUUUAUGUAGCCGGAGCGUUCGACCUCUUCCACAUCGGUCACCUGGACUUCCUAGAGACGGUGUACAAACAAGCUGAGAGACCCUACAUCAUCGUCGGCUUGCACUUUGACCAGGAAGUGAACCGCUACAAGGGGAAGAACUACCCAAUUAUGAACAUCCACGAGAGAACUCUAAGUGUGUUGGCUUGUCGGUACGUGUCAGAAGUGGUGAUCGGGGCACCGUAUGCCAUAGGCAAAGACCUCCUGGACCACUUUAAGGUCGACCUGGUGUGUCACGGUAAAACUGAGGUUUUCCCAGAUACGGACGAUUCUGACCCGUACGCUGAGCCGAAGAAGCGUGGAAUAUUCCGGACCCUGGACAGCAAGAACGGGCUCACCACUGACGAUAUUGUCCAAAGGAUCAUUGCUAACAGGCUGCAGUUUGAGGAGAGAAACCAGAAGAAAGAGGAGAAGGAGAUGGCCGUGAUCGAAGCGCUGAAGCAGCAAGACGAUGCUGAGAAAUGCCAAGCUGCGACUCAGUAACCAAGAUCAUCAACAACAAAACAAGACUAAACCAAAGGGCUUGAAAACAUUCUCCAUUCUUUUUUCCCCAUUCACCCCCUGUCCUCCCUCUUUCCCCAUCGUCUAGCAUACCAAGAUGGAGUUGUGGCAGCUAAUUGUAGAAAAAGUGCAAAGCUUUGUUACUGAUGAUGUAACAUGUUGCUCAUCUUGCUUGUGGGCGUGGCCUGUUCAGUGCAGUAGAUUUUAAAGCUAGCUAGAUAAAUCUGAGCGAGAAGACCGGACAAACAAAUCAGGAUAAUAAUCAAGUGUGUGUGCUUUGCAUUUGAGAUUUCGUUGCUAGCUUCGCAAAGCGAGCUCACUGUCCCGGCUACGUAGACCUGCGAGACGUGUCGCCAACCCCUGCUACCUUCUCCCCUUACGUCUCAAAGCGCCUUUAAGUGGAGGGCUUCAACAACAGAAAAAGAUGUCACG